AUGGGUGCCUUUAUUGCUAAAUUAUUACUCCCAACCGUCAGCAGUCUGGCGCUCCUGCUGGAUGUCAGUGUGGCCACCAAACGAGGCUUUCACAUGGAGGCGAUGGUCUACUUCUUUACCAUGUUUUUCACUGUGAUAUACCAUGCAUGUGAUGGACCUGGACUGUCUAUCCUAUGUUUCAUGAAGUAUGAUAUUCUUGAAUACUUCACCGUCUUUGGAACAGCAAUCUCCAUAUGGGUCACCCUACUAGCCCUAGGAGACUUUGACGAACCCAAGCGUUCUAGCCUCACUAUGUUUGGGGUUCUGACUACUGCUGUGAGAAUCUACCAGGACCGAUGGGGAUAUGGCGUUUAUUCUGGGCCGAUUGGAACGGCUGUGCUGAUGAUUACUGUAAAAUGGCUGAAGAAGAUGAAGGAAAAGAAAGGACUAUAUCCAGAGAAAAGUGUUUACACACAGCAGGUGGGACCAGGCUGCUGCUUUGGUGCACUGGCGUUGAUGUUGCGAUUCUUCUUUGAGGAAUGGGACUAUGCCUAUGUUCACAGCUUCUACCACCUAUCCAUGGCUGUGUCCAUCAUACUGCUGCUUCCCAAGAGAAACCGACACUGUGGGACCGGGGGCAACGCUGCAAAGCUCAACUGCUACACCCUUUGCUGCUGUGUAUGA